AACAUUUCACAGUGCCACUUUUUGGCGCUUCCAUUUCAUUUUCGAACCCUCGGACAGAGAAGAGAGAGAGCUCUACGAUCUCGCAAAAUCACUGGCUCAUUCCACUCCAGUCUCCUCCCGAUAGGGUUAUACUUCGAUUCUUCGUCUUCUUCCUCCGACUCCGGUCGAUUUCUGGAUUUCACGGUACUCUAAUCGGGUCGAAGAAAUGUACAUAAAGGAGGUAUGCUUGGAGGGUUUCAAGUCGUACGCGACGAGGACAGUGGUUCCGGGAUUCGACCCAUUCUUCAACGCUAUCACGGGUCUCAAUGGCUCUGGAAAGUCCAACAUCCUCGACUCCAUCUGCUUCGUAUUGGGGAUCACCAAUUUGCAGCAGGUCCGGGCUUCCAACCUCCAAGAACUUGUUUACAAGCAAGGACAAGCGGGUAUUACGAAGGCCACUGUCUCUAUUGUUUUCGACAAUUCGGAUCGGAACCGAAGCCCUCUCGGGUAUGAGGACCAUUCAGAGAUAACAGUCACGCGCCAGAUUGUGGUUGGUGGAAGAAACAAGUAUUUAAUAAAUGGGAAACUUGCUCAGCCUAGUCAGGUUCAGAAUCUUUUUCAUUCAGUACAGCUUAAUGUGAAUAACCCACAUUUUCUCAUUAUGCAAGGACGCAUUACAAAGGUUUUAAACAUGAAGCCCCCUGAGAUUUUGUCUAUGCUCGAAGAGGCUGCUGGAACUAGAAUGUACGAAACGAAGAAAGAUGCAGCUUUAAAAACUCUUGAGAAGAAGCAAAGUAAGGUUGAUGAGAUUAAUAGCCUUCUUGAUCAGGAAAUACUGCCUGCUCUUGAAAAGCUGAGGAAGGAGAGGACACAAUACAUGCAAUGGGCUAAUGGUAAUGCUGAGUUAGAUCGGCUUAAAAGGUUUUGUAUUGCUUAUGAAUAUGUUCAAGCAGAGAAGAUAAGAGAUAGUGCAGUCCAUGAGGUUGAGCAAGUGAAGGCCCAGAUUGCUGAGAUUGAUGACAAUACAGGAAAGGUGCAGGCAGAAAUACAAGAAAUGGAAACAAAAGUGGCGGAGUUAACAGCUGAAAAGGAAGCCAGUAUGGGUGGUGAAGUAAAAACAUUGUCUGACAAAGUAGAUGCACUUUCUCAAGAUCUUGUGAGAGAAACUUCUGUGCUGAACAGUAAAGAGGAUAAUCUCAAGACUGAAAAUAAAAAUGCUGAAAAGAUUGUUAGCAGUAUUGAGGAUUUGAAGCAAUCUGUAGAAGAGAGGGCAUCUGCUGUAAGAAGGGCUGAUGAAGGAGCAGCUGAUUUGAAGAAGAAGGUUGCAGAACUUUCUCAGGGUUUAGAAGAGUAUGAAAAGGAUUACCAGGGUGUCGUUGCUGGCAAGAGCAGUGGAGACGAGGAGAAGAGUCUUGGAGAUCAGCUCUCUGAUGCUAAGGUAGCUGUUGGGAGUGCUGAAACAGAAAUGAAGCAGCUCAAAACCAAAAUAAGCCAUUGUGAAAAGGAAUUGAAAGAAAAAACACGCCUACUAAUGUCGAAGCGUGAGGAAGCUGUUUCAGUAGAAAAUGAACUUAGUAAUAGAAAGAAAGAUGUGGAGAACGUCAAAACAACAUUAGAGUCUCUUCCAUAUAAGGAGGGUCAGAUGGAAGCUUUACAAAAAGAUCGUGCAUCUGAGCUGGAGUGGGUGCAGAAGUUGAAGGAUGAGAUUCGAAAUCUUUCAGCUCAAUUAGCUAAUGUUCAAUUCACUUAUCGUGAUCCUGCAAGGAAUUUUGAUAGAUCAAAGGUGAAAGGUGUUGUUGCUAAACUUAUUAAAGUAAAGGAUAGCUCUGCGAUGACUGCCUUAGAGGUAGCGGCUGGUGGAAAGUUGUUUAAUGUUGUUGUGGACACAGAAAAUACUGGAAAACAACUUCUUCAGAAUGGUGACCUUAGAAGAAGAGUAACUAUUAUACCCUUGAACAAGAUACAAUCACACACUGUUCCGGAUAGAGUUCGAAAUGCUGCUGUUAGACUGGUUGGAAAGGAGAAUGCAGAAUUGGCGCUUUCCUUGGUUGGGUAUGAUGAAGAAUUGAAGGGUGCAAUGGAAUAUGUUUUUGGUUCAACAUUUGUUUGCAAAAAUACUGACGCUGCCAAGGAGGUUGCUUUUAGCAGGGAAAUUCGCACCCCAAGUGUCACUCUUGAAGGUGAUAUAUUCAACCCUAGUGGUCUUUUGACUGGGGGAAGCCGCAGGGGUGGUGGUGAUUUGUUACGACAACUCCACGAUCUAGCCGAAGCCGAGAUAAAGCUCUCUGUACAUCAAAAACGGCUGGCUGAAAUUGAAGCAGGGAUCACUGAGCUUCUGCCUCUUCAGAAGAAGUUCAUGGACCUCAAAUCACAGUUAGAGCUUAAAUUGUAUGACCUUUCAUUAUUCCAAGGCAGGGCUGAGCAAAAUGAGCAUCAUAAGCUUGGUGAAUUAGUAAAGAAGAUGGAGCAGGAGCUUGAAGAGGCAAAAUCUUCUGCCAAAGAAAAGCAACUUUUGUAUGAAAAUUGUGUAACUAAAGUCUCAGUGCUUCAGAAAUCAAUCAAAGAACAUGAUAACAACCGUGAGGGUAGACUCAAAGAUUUGGAGAAAAGAAUCAAAAUGACAAAAUCCCAAAUGCAGUCAGCUACAAAGGAUCUUAAGGGACAUGAGAAUGAAAAGGAAAAACUUAUUAUGGAAAUGGAAGCAGUUGUGGAGGAACGUGCAACUUUGGAGUCUCAACUGUCUUCUUUGAGAGCACAAGUUGACAAUCUCAGAUCAGAAGCAGAAGAACAGAGAGAGAAGGUCAAUUCCACUAGGAACAUUCUUGCCAAGGCACAAAAAGAGCUUGAUUUGGCUCGCAAAAAGAUGAAGGAAUGUGAUUCACAAAUCAGUAGCAUUAUUAAAGAGCAGCAGAAACUUCAACAUAAACUUAGCGAAACAAGUCUUGAAAAGAAGAAAAUGGAAAAUGAGGUAAAGCGAAUGGAGAUGGAACAAAAAGAUUGCUCUACAAAGGUGGACAAAUUGAUUGAAAAGCAUGCGUGGAUUGCUUCUGAGAAGCAGUUAUUUGGAAAAAAUGGGACUGAUUAUGAUUUUGCAUCUCGUGAUCCUUAUAAAGCAAGGGAGGAACUUGAUAAACUUCAGGCUGAACAAUCAGGGCUUGAGAAAAGGAUCAACAAAAAAGUAAUGGCAAUGUUUGAGAAAGCAGAAGAUGAGUACAAUGACUUAAUGUCUAAGAAAAACAUUAUUGAGAAUGACAAAUCUAAAAUAAAGAAGGUGAUUGAAGAACUAGACGAGAAAAAGAAGGAAACACUGAAAGUUACCUGGGUCAAAGUUAACACUGACUUUGGAUCUAUUUUCUCUACCCUUUUGCCUGGCACCAUGGCAAAGCUAGAGCCUCCUGAGGGUGGCACAUUUCUCGAUGGCCUUGAGGUUCGUGUAGCAUUUGGUGGAGUCUGGAAACAGUCCUUGUCAGAGUUGAGUGGAGGUCAAAGAUCCCUGCUUGCCCUCUCUCUAAUAUUAGCAUUGCUUCUUUUCAAACCAGCUCCACUUUAUAUUUUGGAUGAGGUUGAUGCAGCCCUUGAUCUAAGCCACACACAGAACAUAGGGAGAAUGAUCAAAGCCCAUUUCCCACACUCUCAGUUCAUCGUAGUUUCAUUGAAAGAAGGCAUGUUCAAUAAUGCCAAUGUUCUCUUUCGGACAAAAUUUGUGGAUGGUGUGUCUACUGUUCAAAGGACUGCUGUUUCAGCGAAGCAGAACAAGUGAGUGUUGUUUCACGGGUUCAAUUGUAAAUCUUUGGAAUAGCCUUUUUUUUAUACUUCUUGAUGUAAUUUAAUUGUUAGAUUAUUAGUAAGAGGAGAUGGUAUAUAUUUA